GCGUUUUGGACUCUAAGUGACGCUGUUGAACAAGUAAAUGAUGUAUACCUACCCAUAAUCCCUGCUUCAUUCUUGAGUGACAUUCCAUGUAUUGCACUGAAAAAGGCUUCGAGCAAACAGCAGCGAGAAUAUUUCGGAUAGAGGAAGGACUACUUGAAGUCUAGCCUCUUUGGCUCUCUUUUAUGGAUAUACCCUUCAGGAAGCGUGAAUUUUAUUAAAUUCAUAUUGGACAGGGUCAGUUUUAUUCUUGGACGUCAUUUUCUGCCAUGGCGAGUCAGCAACCACUCUGCAAAUGGCGUUUGUAUUUUGGGCUUCAACGGGUAACGAUCUUGGUUUUGCUUUUCAUCUGCAGUGAUGUUUUUGGUCAGAUCCGUUACUCAGUUCCAGAAGAGAUGAAGAAAGGAUCGCUUAUUGGUAAUGUGGCACAAGAUCUUGGUUUGGAUCUGAACAGACUUCGCUCUGGGCGGGCUCGUAUCGUGACCGGAGAAAACAUCCAGUACACCGAGCUGAAGUCAGACAAAGGCGUCCUCGUCGUAAACGAGAGAAUAGACAGAGAGCAGCUUUGCGGAGAGGUAACACCUUGCAGCUUUAGUUUCGAAAUAAUUUUAGAAAAUCCUGUGGAGCUACAUCACAUAACGAUAGAGGUUUUAGAUGUAAAUGAUCAUCCUCCGGUUUUCAAGAAAUCAGACAUCAUGUUAGAUAUAAGUGAGUCCGCUAAUGUCGGUGCGCGGUUUGUGCUUGACAGUGCCGAGGAUCCUGAUGUUGGCGUGAACGGCCUGCAAAAUUAUGUUUUAACCACAAAUGACAAUUUUGUUUUAAAGCAGCAUGUAAAUCCAGAUGGAAGUAAAUAUGCUGAAAUGGUGCUUCAAAGACAAUUAGACAGAGAGAAGGCACCCCAUCUGUCUUUAAAGCUGAUUGCAGUAGAUGGAGGAAACCCGCAAAGAUCAGGUACUGUAAAUAUAGACAUAAACGUUUUAGAUGUAAAUGACAACGCUCCAGUUUUCAACCAGUCAGUUUAUAAGGCAUCAGUGAUAGAAAAUGCCGCAAUAGGCACUAAUAUUGUCACCGUCAAUGCAACUGAUGCAGAUAGCGGAUCGAAUGGUUAUAUUACAUAUUCAAUGUCAAAUGUAAAGAGCAAUAUAGCUGAAUUAUUAUCAAUAGAUCAGGUUUCGGGUGCCUUAUUUGUUGCAGGUCCAAUCGAUUUUGAAAAAGACAAAAAAUACGAACUCAGAAUCGAUGCAAAGGAUCAAGGAGGAUUAACAGAUUCAAGUAAAGUGAUAAUUGACGUAAUAGAUGUAAAUGACAACGCCCCUAUCAUAAAUGUAAUGUCAUUUACUAGUCCUGUAUCAGAGGACUCCCCUCCUGGUACGACAAUAGGCAUUAUAAAUAUUAAGGACCUUGAUUCAGGUGAAAACGGGCAAGUAUCGUGUAGAAUUGAACAAAAUUUGCCUUUUAAGAUUAAAUCGAAUUUAAGGAAUUACUACACUUUUGUAACUGAUGCUGCAUUAGAUCGUGAAAUGGUUUCAGAAUAUAAUGUAACUGUUGUUGCGACAGACGCGGGAAAUCCUCCACUAUCAACGAAAAGGGUCUUUAAUUUAAAAGUCUCUGAUGUGAAUGACAACGCUCCUGUAUUCUCACAAAGUGUUUACAAUGCAUUUAUCACAGAGAAUAACUCUCCAGGCGUUUCUCUACUCACGGUUAAGGCUGAAGACUCAGACGAAAACCAAAAUGCCCGCGUAUCGUAUUUUCUGGAGAAUUCUAAAUUUGAAGGUUCUCCGGUGUCUCACUGUGUCUCGGUUAAUGCAGAAAGCGGAGUAGUGCAUGCAGUACGCUCAUUUGAUUAUGAACAAGUAAAGCAUUUGGUGUUUGUGAUUAAAGCUCAGGAUGGAGGCUCCCCUCCACUCAGUAGUAAUGUGACUGUGAAAAUAAUAAUACAGGACCAGAACGACAACGCCCCUCAGGUUCUUUAUCCAGUCCAGACUGGUGGCUCUCUGGUGGCUGAAAUGGUGCCUCGUUCAGCAGAUGUGGGCUAUCUGGUCACUAAAGUGGUAGCUGUUGAUGUGGACUCUGGACAGAAUGCCUGGCUCUCCUAUAAACUGCAGAAAGCCACAGACAGGGCGCUGUUUGAGGUGGGCUUACAGAAUGGAGAAGUAAGAACUAUCCGCCAAGUCACUGAUAAAGAUGCGGUCAAACAAAGACUGACUGUUAUAGUGGAGGACAACGGACAGCCCUCUCGUUCAGCUACAGUCAUUGUAAACGUGGCGGUGGCGGACAGCUUUCCUGAAGUGCUGUCUGAGUUCACUGACUUUACACACGACAAGGAGUACAAUGAGAACCUGACUUUUUACUUAGUGCUGGCUUUGGCUGUAGUUUCCUUCCUCUUCAUCACGUGUGUGGUGGUCAUUAUAUCAGUGAAAAUCUACAGAUGGAGACAGUCUCGCAUCCUGUAUCACUCCAAUCUUCCAGUGAUUCCAUAUUAUCCACCACGUUACUCCGACACUUUGGGGACAGGGACUCUCCCACACGUGUACAACUACGAGGUGUGCAGGACGACUGACUCCAGAAAGAGUGACUGUAAGUUUGGCAGAGCUGGUAGUCAGAACGUGCUGAUAAUGGAUCCCAGUUCAACAGGGACGAUGCAGAGGAUACAGAGUGAAAAGAGCAUCCUGGAUGAACCAGACUCUCCUCUAGAGCUAAAGCACCAGUUAUUUGAGUUUAUUGCACUGCGAUUUUCAUUCUGA